GCGCGUCCGCCCCCGCAUCGCGUUGCAUGCGCCUCGCCAAUGGCGGCGCCGCCCAACCCCAGGAGCACUAGGAAUCCCCUCCCCUCCCUCAUCGACCGCCUCCUCGCUUUGCUGGCGCCCUACCUCCGCUUCGCCGACCACCUCGCCCUGCGCCUCGUCUGCCGCGGCUGGCGCCGCUCAUGCCGCCGCCUCGGCCGCGCGCCGCCGCCAUUCCCGUGGCUUAUGCUCCCUCCGCCGUCCGCCACGCGCGGACCCGCCCCCGCACCCGGCGCCGCGCAGCGUCGAGCCUUCUACGACAUCGCCGGGGGGAGGACCUACGAGUACGCGGUCCCCGCGUUCCACCGCUGCGUCGCGAGCCGCGGCGGGUGGAUCGUUCUGGCCGCCGUGGACCCGCCGCGCCGGCUCGUGCUGGUUAACCCCAUCACCGGCGCGCAGGGGGUCGUCGCGUGGCCGUUCGGGGACAAGGGCUCCGAGGGCUUCCACGCCGUGCUCACGUCCUCGCCCGCCGACCCCGCGUGCUUCCUCGUGGUGGCCACCGACAGGCUGGUCGCGUACUGCCGCCCCGUCCGCGGCGGGGGCUGGGUCACGCUGCGCGCCCCGGGGUUCCGCUACGACACGGCCGGCAGCGACUUCGUGGCCGUCGGCGCCACGGUGUACCUCGUCGACGAGAGGAGGAAGCUCUGGCGCGCGGACCUCGCCGCCGCGGAGCCCAAGGUGGAGCGCAGGGACACGGCGUUCGCGCUCCCGCAAGGGGAGAUGUGGCGUCACUUCCUCUUGGAGUCGCUCGGGCACGUCCACCUCGUGGUCUCGGACGAGCACCACAAGCGCCUCGCGCUCUUCAGGCUGGACUGGCACGCGAGGCUGUGGGUGCGGGCGGCCGCCGCCGUUCUCGGCGACCGCGUGCUGCUGCUGGGCCGCGGGUGCUCGGCGGCCGUGCCAACUUUGGCCGCCGCGCGCCGCGCGCCAGGCACGGUGCUGGUGGCCCGCCAGCCGUGGAGUUUCAUGCACGCGGGCUCGAUCGCUCGCGGUGGUGGGCAACUGUGGUUCUGGACGGAGUCGCGGCUGGACGCCGGACCGGAUGAUCACAUGGUGCUGAAGAAGACAGUGCCGCACCGGCCGGGCGUGUUCACCGCCGGCGACUCGUUCUGGUUCUUCCCUGGCAUUGAUCCCAGUGAAUGAGCAUUGGCGGCAAGAUGGAUGGCUUCAAGGCUUUCCCUGAUGUCCAGAAGCAGGCAUACAAUGACUGAGAUUAGCAUGAUCUAGCUAAGCUAUUUACAGAUGUUUGCUCAAUACUGUCCUAGCUAGUUGAAACAUGUGCUUCCUGUGUGUGAGUGUUUU